UCUAGUUGUCUUUGGCUUCACCCGGGCUUGCUCGCUCGCUCGCUCGCUCGCACCACUCACUACUCGCAACGUAUAAGGAAAACUGAAAAAAACCCUAAACCCUAAUCAUCUCUCUCUCUCACAAAUUUUCCCUCACUAAUCUCCAUCACCAACACCAUGGCGGAACUCAAGCUCUCCGAAAGCAGAGACCUAACCCGAAUAGAGCGUAUAGGAGCCCACUCCCACAUCCGUGGACUUGGCCUCGAUUCCGCCCUCGAACCUCGCGCCGUCUCUGAGGGCAUGGUGGGACAAACAGCAGCUCGUAAAGCCGCCGGCGUCAUCCUCCAAAUGAUAAAGGAUGGAAAAAUCGCCGGUCGGGCCGUACUUUUGGCUGGGCAACCGGGCACAGGAAAAACAGCAAUUGCAAUGGGCAUGGCCAAAUCCCUUGGCCUCGAAACCCCAUUUGCGAUGAUCUCUGGCAGCGAAAUCUUCUCAUUAGAGAUGUCAAAGACAGAAGCUUUAAUGCAAGCCUUUCGAAAAGCAAUCGGUGUAAGAAUUAAAGAAGAAACUGAAAUAAUCGAAGGUGAAGUUGUUGAAGUACAAAUCGAUAGACCAGCAGUGGCUGGUGCGGCAUCAAAGACAGGUAAAUUGACACUAAAAACAACGGAAAUGGAGACGGUUUAUGAUUUAGGUGCAAAGAUGAUAGAGGCAUUAGGAAAGGAAAAGGUGCAAAGUGGGGACGUGAUUGCUAUUGAUAAAGCAUCUGGAAAGAUUACAAAGCUUGGUAGGUCCUUUUCACGGUCAAGGGACUACGAUGCCAUGGGGCCACAGGUGAAGUUUGUUCAGUGUCCUGAUGGUGAGCUGCAGAAAAGGAAAGAGGUGGUGCAUUGUGUGACUCUUCACGAGAUUGAUGUCAUUAAUAGCAGGACACAAGGAUUUCUGGCUCUCUUCACUGGUGAUACUGGGGAAAUCCGUGCAGAAGUGAGAGAACAAAUUGACACGAAGGUUGCAGAAUGGAGAGAGGAAGGAAAGGCAGAUAUUGUACCAGGUGUUCUCUUUAUUGAUGAGGUGCACAUGCUCGACAUUGAAUGCUUCUCUUUCUUGAAUCGUGCUCUCGAGAAUGAGAUGGCUCCAAUAUUAGUUGUUGCAACCAACCGGGGGAUCACUACAAUCCGAGGUACAAAUUAUAAAUCUCCACAUGGGAUUCCCAUAGAUCUCCUUGAUCGCCUACUGAUCAUCACAACUCAGCCUUAUACAAAGGAUGAAAUUCGCAAGAUUGUGGACAUCAGAUGCCAAGAAGAAGAGGUGGAGAUGUCUGAUGAAGCAAAGGCAUUGUUGACCCAUAUUGGCGUAGAAACAUCCUUGAGAUAUGCUAUCCAUCUUAUUACUGCUGCAGCAUUGGCAUGCCAGAGGCGGAAAGGAAAGCUUGUUGAGAGUGAAGACAUAACUCGAGUUUACAAUCUGUUUUUAGAUGUGAAGAGAUCAACACAAUACUUGAUGGAGUAUCAGAACCAGUACAUGUUUAAUGAAGCACCAGUAGGGGAUGGUGACGAAGAUGCCAAUGCAAUGCUUCUUUGAAAGUACACAUUUUUUAUGAAGAUAUUUCGUACUUGUUCUCUAGUUAAUCAAUGAUAGGCAUUCUUAUGAGCUAAUCAUGUCACCGUAUUUUGAUAUGUUUAAAUGGUUUUAGCUCUGUGAUUUUCAACGUGCAGCAAUGAAUUUGUUAUCUUUUUUUAAUCUGCUGCAGCAUCAUGUAUCUGUUGGACCGAGUUGCAGUUGCGCCAGUGUAGAAUGCCCAUUAUAGUAUGUUUUGGUUUCUUAAAACAGAAUGCUGAUGUUUGUAAAAUCAAAUGUUGAUUUCUUUACUGAUAUGACUGGAAAUUUCAGUCCAUUCUGCAA